UUCUAUUACUCUUACUUCAAAGUUUAGUUCACGUUGGAAUAGCAAUAUGUCUGGUCGUGGUAAAGGCGGUAAAGGGCUGGGAAAAGGAGGUGCUAAGCGUCACCGAAAGAUCCUUCGUGAUAACAUCCAAGGUAUCACUAAGCCUGCGAUCCGUCGUCUUGCUCGCCGUGGCGGUGUCAAGCGAAUCUCUGGCCUGAUCUACGAGGAGACUCGAGGUGUUCUCAAAGUUUUCCUUGAGAACGUGAUCCGUGAUGCCGUGACAUAUACUGAGCACGCCAAGAGAAAGACUGUGACAGCCAUGGAUGUGGUGUACGCUCUGAAGAGACAAGGCCGCACUCUCUACGGAUUUGGCGGUUAGACCACGCUGUAAUCUACGAACACAGAACAAACGGCUCCCUUAGGAGCCACCAGAUUUGAUGAAGUUAAUGAUUGACUCGUGAGCGACCAAUUCAUCUCUUUUUCUUUUCUUUUUAAGUAAACAACAAAGAAUCCAUUCAGAAUUUUCUCUCAUACCCCAAGUCUCGCUUAAGUCAAACUAGAUUGAAAAUUGUGGUAAUUGUGCAAAGAUUCUCGUCGCCAACCACUCUACCUUGCGUACUCGAUGACAAGAUCAGUUUUCAGAAAUGGAAAAUGUAAUUUUAAAUUGAGUGCAGCUUUUCUUUGAGGAUUGAAAUGUACAAACCCAUAUACUACAAGUAUGAAACCGAUCCACGAAUUCUACUUUCAAAACUUGUUCCCUUGAGAAUUUUCCUAUUAAAACUUUCGUAGCACUUGUCGAUGCUUAAUCCUUCAAGAGUGACAAGCAGUUAAUUUUAUUUAAGCAUCCCGACUGGAAAAAAAAUUAAGUUUGCAAGUGUGAAGGAGGUCAUAGCCAACUCAAGAAGCUUGAUUGUUGGACAUUCUCCACGUUAGUACUAUGACACAAAUGGAUUAGAGAAUGUGCAUUCUGAACAUGUUGUGAAGGUGUAAGGAUUGACCAUAAAUGAGUGUUUUGAAUGGAGAAUUGUACAAGGAGAAAUUACGUAACCAAAGAUAAGAACAAUUAAACUGG